CUCGGCUCAAAAUCAAAGCUCAGCAUCACAGAGACGGUUUCAAUUUCCAGCAGGAACACACACACGACUGGAAGCUGCUCUAACACACACACACACGCCUGCAAACAUGAUGCGAUUUGCUUUUCUCCUUCUUGUCAUCUCCACAGACGGGGUUACCUCGAAGAAAGUGUGCAGUUACCUGGACGUCCUGGACUACCUGAACCUGACUAAAGAUACCAGUGCGUUCAAACUGACCCGACCUGUUCUGGACUACACAGACCCGACCAGGGUGGAGCUGGACAUCUUCCUGUACGCCAUCCUGGCUCUGGUUGAGAAAACACAAACUUUUAUUCCUUUCAUCUGGGCUUCAAUGAAAUGGAAACAUGAAGGCAUAUCCUGGGACCCCGCUGAGUUUUGUGGAAUCACUCAGAUUGCGAUUCCCAGAGACAUGCUGUGGAGACCUGACCUCUUCAUCUUUGAGAUGACACAGAAGGACGACUCCCCUCUGAAUCUUUACAUUCUCGUGUCCUCUGAUGGAACGGUGUAUUCUGAAGAGGACAUGAAGGUGGUCAGCACCUGUAAGAUGGACGUCCACAAGUUCCCUUUCGACACACAGAGAUGUAACAUCUCUGUCGCAUCUGCGAUACACCAUGUUGACGAGAUGCGCCUCCUUCCUUGCUCCAACUCGUCUCGAGCCACACAGUUUUCCCGAGAGGUGUUGAAGACGCAGGGAGAGUGGGAGUUUAUGCAACUAUCCGUCAGCAGCUUCAAUAUAACCUACAACAACCGGCAGUGGGAAAAUCUUGUAUACACAUUCACCAUGAGGAGGAGACCCCUCCUGCACGUCAUCAACUUCCUGUUACCCGUCCUGUUCUUCCUGUGUCUGGACCUCGCCUCCUUCUUCAUCGCUGACCAUCGAGGAGAGAAGUUGGGCUUCAAAGUCACCGUGCUGUUGGCCAUCUCUGUGCUGCUGCUCAUCCUGAACGACAUCCUGCCCUCCAUGUCCAACAAGACCCCGCUCAUAGCAACAUACUGCAUUGUGAUCUUUGCGAUGAUGCUGCUCAGUCUGCUAGAGACCAUUUUGGUGACGCAUCUUAUGGAGAAAGACUCGGUAGCACAGGAGAAGGUCGGGCCGGCGGACGACUGGCAGCACAAAAAGGAAAAGAUGAAAACCCAGGACGGCACCACAGAGGAUAAAAAACAGACCUCCUGUGUCUGCAUCUGUCAAGUGUCUGCUGCGGAGAAACAGCAUGAACUGCUGCCGAUGGCUGAAGAGGACAACAGCCGCAUUCAGUCAGGAGACUCCCAGGUGUUGCUGUUGAUCCUGGAGGAGCUGAAGGAGCUGCAGAAAACUGUUGAUCUGCGCCUAAGCUGCAGACUGGAGGGAGGGAAGUCCAGCCUCUGGGCCGCAAGAAUUAACAAAGCUUUCUUAAUUUUCUACGUCACCACUGUGUCACUGUUUCUACCCCUCAUCUUCAUCGCAUGGCACACUUAAACAUUCGAAGUUAAUGUUUUAAAUACCUCUGUUUUUGAAUCGUUAUUCAGUGUGCCAACAUGUGUUUUGAGAGAGUUCUCUGUGUCAUUAGUCCUCAAUGUCACACUUGGCAUCAAGAUUCUGCAUUUCCUGUUUAUCAUUUAGAAUCUGUUGAUGUGUUUUAGGUGAAUAACGAUUUUGUAAAUAUGUGGUGCAGACAUUUUUCUGUUGACAGAAGCUUUUUUUUUUGCCAUGACAUGCACUUCACUGCAGAGGCCAUUUAAGAUGCCCUUCCUUUGAAUAUUGCUGUAAGAAAGAAACGUGUAAUC